AUGCAACUGGAUAACAGUCUUAUAAGACUGUUAUCUAGUAUAUUCCAAGUAUUAGAAAAAAUUUGUAGACAAGAAGUCAAUAAUCAAGAUGCUGUGAAAUUGGAUUCAAAAAAAGUUGCUUAUAGUUAUAGUCUUGAACUUUGUAAGAAAGCUUUAGAUAUAGCAAUUAAAAUGCAAGUUUCAAAUCAAAAAAAUAUACAAGAACUAUUUGAACAAGAAUUUAUGAUUUCAAAUUCUCUUCAAUAUAAAGGUAGAAGCCAUCCUUUAAACAAGAGAUGUUUGUUAGCUAUUGAAAAUCAUAGCAUCAAGAAUGUUUGUUCAAAUAAUCAAGAUGAAACAUUAGCAUCAGGAUCAAUGAAAAAAACAAGCAGCAAU